AUGCCCUCCAGCGGGAAUCACUCAGACCGCCGUCCUGCCAUGACCAGCGCCGGGACACUGAUCAUCUCCAUCGGCUCACAGUACUCGUACCAUGUACGGUCCGUCAACAACCUCGCCAACCAGGUCUGGUGGCAAAGUUCGCUAGUUCUCGUAGACCUCCUCCUCCUCCUUCCUCUUCUCUACCUAGAUGUCGUCCUUGGCACGGGACGCAAACACCCGUCAACGAGGCCAACAGGCGCCCACUGGGAGGGAGGAGUGGGAAGUAAGUACGGCUACCUAGGCUCUAGAUUUUAUGAAAAGCGGUAA